AUGCUGCGACCUGACACGGCCAUGUGCGGAAAAGAACUGGCAAUUUGCCGUUCUAGAGAUCUACUUCCAAAGCUGGGAUUUCUCCAGCAGCCGUUGGAGGCGCUUCUGCAAGAGCAGGAAGCCUUGGGUCUGCAGGGAGAUCGCCCUUCCGUGACUGUCAAGCGAACCAAGCCGAAGGAAGAGAAAAUUCCAGUGGCAAAGCCUUCGCUCUUUAAGCUACGGCAAGGUCAAGCCAAUGCUUCAGAGACACAUCCAGAACUUCAAGCACUGGGGGAAGCCCUGGGUUCAGGUGAAGAGAACCCCCUCUGCUUGAAGGAGGUGUCGGAGCGUCAAGCACCGCUACAUCGUCGAGAGGACAACUUUGCAGCACCGGAAAGUGGCUUUCCGGUCCCGCUGCACCGAGCCGUUGGCAAGUCCUUGGGCGCCACUCUGAAAAAACCAACGGCAGAUUUGGAUCGAGAACCCAAGGACGAGGAUGAAGCCAUCGACAUGGAAAAUCGAAAGACGCUGAUGAACGCAUCGCCUGAAGAGGUGAAGGAGUGGCAGCAGCAGCUGCUGCAGCAGCUGGGUGCCGAGACCUGCGAGCGGCUGCGGCAGCGUGGCGUGCGGAAGAUGGGCCAAGAGAAACGUAAGGUCAAGGUGGCCAAGGAGGUGGCUCCUGAGCCGCCUGAGCCCAAGAAGGUGUUGGCAGAGAAAGAACUUCACGAGGACUGCCGGGCAGCACCCGCCACAGUCUCUCUGGAGAUGGAUGGUGAGGCCUCGUCCAGGAUCUAUGCAGUGAUGCUCUGA